AUGUUUUUUAGAGAUCUGAGGAAUUUUACAGAGAUGAUGCGAGCGCUCGGCUAACCACUCCUCAUCUCUAUGGAGAACUUCAGAUCUCCAAGCUUCCCUUUAGUGGUGGAGACCAUCUGGCUUGUCAAGAGAUACGAACCUCAGAUGGAAAUUCCUAGUGAUUUGAACACGGAGUUAGACAGAGUGUUUUUCAUCAGAGCUGUGUUUCAGUUCAUGUUAAAUCAGAUCAUUAAUAUUUAUUAAUAUUUGCGACAAAGGCUCAUGGCAGAUGGUUAUGCUUUGAAAGAGAUGCUGAAAAUCACCAGCAUCCUUUACAUUGCCAUGAAGGCCAAAGAGAACACCACUGGUGACCAAAACCCCGAUGAAAACAGCAAGUUCAUGUUUCACAUAUCUGUCCAGAUAGCGGAUUUAAAAGUGGCAUGACAGUUGGGAUCUGAGAUCACAGCAAAGGGAGCCACUCUGGAUGACCUGCUUGGGCAUGAAGAGGACCUGAGAGAGUCAAAGAACAGGAUGUCGGCAAUUGCCCGACCACCGGAGAUCACUGAGACAGAGAGAGCUCUCAGAGCAGCAGUGAAAGACGUUACGGAGAGCAUCCAAAUGACUAAGGAUCAGCUCAGGAAAGUGUCAUCUGAUGAGGCGAGUCUAUAGGCCAAAAUCGAGAAAAAGAUUCAGGACCUGGAGAGAAACCAGAAACGUUUACAAACCCAACAGAGCAGCAAAAUACAGAAGUCCUUGCAGAAGCAGCACCAGACGUAUGUGGAGAAAUUUCAUAACCUGAGUUUCCUGGAGCAACAGCUGGAUGACUAUCACAGAGCAGAGCAGGAAUGGUUCGAGGUACAAUUACACACUCAUACUUUACACCCCGUUUCCCCAGGAGUAUGCAAAUGUGUCUUUUACCAGAAUUGUAUUAAAGAGGUCAAAGAGGUCAUGCAGAAUCAAAUUUUCCUUGAUCUUUUGACAUAUAAAAACAGAGUUCAUAAAAACAUACUGUAAGUUUCAGAACUCAAAACUUCCUCCUCACUGCAAAAAGAGCAUUUGAUGAAGCCAAGCUGCCAAAAUGACUUGUUUUCUACUUCCUCCACAUUGUGAUGUCACACUGUGGUAGAGAUUUGCAUCUGCCCUACUCCACAAGAACACAUCAACACCUACUUUACCUUUAAUCACUUCCAUAGCCCGCCCACUUGUGCUGAGCAGCGAGAUGGCGAGUAGAGAGAGCAGGUGAAUCAAGAGCAGAGAGCCAAUCAUAAACGUGGGCGUUUCCUGUCAAGUCUUAAAGGAGAAGCGGCACCAAAACUGAGUGUUUCUGGCAGAGGUUCAGAAUGAGGGUGAAAAAUUAUCAUGUUUUUGCAGAAAAAAACUUUACUAAUAUUAUAAGUGAACCUCAAGGAAAACAUUAAAAUAAUAAAACGGCAUGUCAUGACCCCUUUGAAUUUAUUUAUUUCUGAUUUGUUAUCUGCUCUCUAGAUAUCAUCUCAUCAUUUGGGAGCAGGCUGCUGAGGGCAGUAAAUGCAAUACGAAUUGCAUUUCCAAAUUAUUAUUCCUCAAAAGUACUGAAAGAAUCGUUAAGAUUCCCAAAUUAUUUAUGUAGAAUACAUUUAAAACAUGAAUUACAUUAAUAAGUAAAUAUGUUUGCAUUUCUGUAAAAGCUGAAGUGUGUGUGCCCCCUAACAAGUCAUUGUAUAGGAGAAACGAGUGUGUGACUUGCGUACGGCAAUAAACAAGGAGGAAAUACAGACGUUAUUUUUAUUUCAGGGGAAAUGAGUCAUACUCAGAGGAAGGCUGUUUGCUAAAAUGCAUCACUGAGCAGUCUUUUUUUAUAUCAUUGUUAAUGUCCUGAUGUGACUAGCCAAAUGAUAAUAAAGGCUUUUUAUAUUUUCAAGUGCCCAGAAUUAUUUUGAAUAUCUUGAGUGGGAGAGCAAAACUAAAAGUGUUUUAGAAAGUAACUUAAAAGUAAAAUAAUAAUUGCUGUGAUUAUGAAGUAAGUGAUGUGGUGGUGUAGUGGGCUAAAGCACAUAACUGUUAAUCAGAAGGUUGCUGGUUCGAUCCCCACAACCACCACCAUUGUGUCCUUGAGUAAGGCACUUAACUCCGGGUUGC